UGCGCUACUUCUCCAGAAAACCCUAGCCACAGGAGGAAAAUGACGACGAGACUCAGGAAGAACAGGAAGAAGCGUGGCCACGUCAGCGCCGGACAUGGACGUAUCGGAAAGCACAGAAAGCAUCCCGGAGGUCGCGGUAACGCCGGAGGUAUGCACCACCACAGGAUCCUCUUCGACAAGUACCAUCCCGGUUACUUCGGCAAAGUCGGUAUGAGGUACUUCCACAAGCUCCGCAACAAGUUCUUCUGCCCCAUCGUCAACCUCGACAGGCUCUGGUCGCUCGUCCCCGAGGACGUGAAGGCCAAAUCGACCAAGGACAAGGUUCCGUUGAUCGAUGUGACGCAGCACGGGUUCUUCAAGGUGUUGGGGAAAGGUCAUUUGCCUGAGAACAAGCCUUUUGUGGUGAAGGCGAAGCUUAUCUCGAAGACUGCUGAGAAGAAGAUUAAGGAAGCUGGUGGUGCUGUUGUUCUUACAGCUUAGGCUUUUGUCAGUUGUUUUUGGUUAUAACUUGUCUUGUUUUUGGAUCUUUGAGUUUGGGAAACUUAUGUUUGAUUUUAUAAAUGGUUGUUAUGACA